AUGACCGUCAACCAAACCCCCACCCAAACCCUCCACUACCGCGUCGCCGUCCCCGACGAUGCCGCCCGCCUCCAAACCUUCGUAAAGUCCGCCUACCGCGGCGAAUCCAGCCGCCAGGGCUGGACCACCGAGGCGGACCUCCUCAACGACGAGCGCAUCAGCGUCAAGGCAUGCGCCGACGACGACACCGCGCUCAUCGCCUGCUGCGAGGUCCUCCGCCGCGGGCCCGACCUCGCCUAUUUCGGCAUGUUCGCCGUGGAUCCCACCCGCCAGGGCCUCGGGCUCGGUCGCCAGGUCCUCGCCUACGCGGAGCUGUACUGCGCCAAGACGAAGACGGGCGAGAAGAAGCCGUUUCCGUACGAUGAGCUGGUGAAUGGUGUGGCGUUGAGGGAUGAUUUGUACUUUGAUGUCUUGGAGAAGGAGUUGCCUGCCAUUCCGGUCGAAGUCCCUGUUUAG